GAAAAAAGUUGUAUCAAAAACUACGACGACAGGUCAACGCCUGAAAAAAACCAAAACCAAAACUUGCCUAACACAAACCACGCACGGACGUAUCAUUUCACGCAAAUUUAAACAUGCCUUUAGGACCUCCAUCUUCCGCAAUCAACAUACAACCGGCUGUUUCUUCACUGUCGCAAAAUGUUCCUCGAACGCCCACAAGCAUAAGCAUCCAUCCCGUUGCCCUUUUCUCUAUCCUCGACCACUACCUCCGCCGCAAAGACGACCAAGACCGAGUAAUCGGAACACUCCUCGGCACGCGCACGGAGACGCACGUCGAGAUUCGGACCUCGUUUGCUGUAUUACAUAGCGAGACAAGUGAGCAGGUUGCGGUGGAUAUGGAUUAUCAUCGGACAAUGUAUGAGCUGCACAGGAAGGUUAAUUCGAAGGAGGUUAUCGUUGGAUGGUAUUCGACCGGGUCUAAUCUCAACACGUAUUCUGCGUUGAUACAAAAUUUUUACUCGCAAGAGACCGCACCGCAUCAAGCUGUACAUAUUUCGUUGGAUACUGGUGUUGAGCCAGGACAGCCUGCUGGUGUAAAAGGCUAUAUUAGUUCCCCAGUAGGCGUAUUUCCAAAACCCGAAAACUGUGUCUUCGUACCUAUUCCCGUUGAACUCAAAUUCCGCGACUCGGAACGAAGUGGAGUCGACCUCCUAACAUCAACCGCACUCUCUUCUCUCCCUUCCACUUCCUCCUCCUUAUCCUCUCCAACAACCUCCCUUGAAACCCUCUCCUCCUCCAUCGAAAACAUUAUCUCCAUGAUCGACCGCGUGCUUACUUAUGUCCGCGCCGUGCUCGCCGGCGAAGCUCAAGGUGAUGCAGCAAUUGGGAGGUAUCUCAUGGAUAUCUUAGGUGCGAGUACUGAGGGCGAUGCGGAUGUCGGUGGAAGUGCCGCGGAGAUGGGUGGGUUCAAUGGAAGGUUGCAGGAUACAUUGAUGGUGUCGUAUUUGGCGAACUUGGUUAGAGCACAGGCAGAGGUAUCGUCGAGGCUGGCGUUGGUUAGUGCAGCGUAGCGGUAGAGUUGCAUAUAUUCAUGUGUAUUCAUCUCACCACGUAUAUUCUUGUGCUUAGGGCGGUAUAAUAUAGGCCUUAUUCCAAACA